AUGGCGACUGGUGGCAACGCCGUUCCUUCGCCAAACCGAUUCGGCCAGCCCAAUCUACAGGUUCAUCCACCGCACGAGUCCGAUAGACCCCCUAAUUUGACCUGGUUGUUGGUAUUCCUGGGCGAUAGGAAUUGCCCCCGCUGCACGGAGAUGGCUAAAUACAACGUCGAGUCUCAACGGAUGGGAGGAAAUAUGACGUUAAAUGGACCUCUCGUGCAGUUUCGAGAUGAAAUGGAAUGCGACUCCGGUUUUAUUUUCGCUCAGGCCCGCAUCGCACCCCUACACCAUCCAGCUCCCAAAGACACGAGUUGUUACACAUUGUGUGGAGGGACCGGAAGGGACGCUGACGAACAGGUGAAUCUUUCCGCUACCGAUGAGUGA